UGUCCAAUGUCCGUAUUCCCAUCCAGUGGUGCUGCCCAUAUGCUCAAAAGCACAUCAAGCAAGCUCCAUUUACUUUGAAACACACUGUCAAGCGAUCAUCGUAUUCAUGGACAAAAAUCCUUUGGUUUUUCACUCUUUUUGGUCUACUUGACCGUUCACAAGUCUACGCCUUGCCUGGCACAUCACAUGCAUUGGUUCCGGGAACUUCCCUUGACAACUUCCGACAAGAACAACUCAUUCGGACAUCAAUCGAAAACAUAACUCAAUUGAAUUUGGCAAGCUUCAGUGCAUUGCCUACUGAUUCCAACUUGUCGUCUUUCCAACCAGAACACAUUUGGAACCAGCCAUUCUGCUUCAUUGCUGACACCGACAGUUUGGAAUGGCUUUUUGACUCUGGGGCCAACAGAUUCAUUGUAAGACACUCUACCAUGCUUACCAACUUACGGCCGUUCAAAGGAGGAAUCAAAGGAAUCAAUGGAUCUCCAACAAACAUUACUGGAAUUGGAAAAUUGUCACUGCCAAUACCCGGCACCACCGAUCAAAUUGAAGUAGAUGCCGUGGUUGUACUGACGUCUCCAUUCAAUAUCAUGCCACCUCAACUGGUAUACAAGGCAAUGAAAUCUGCUGGUUGGGAACCAGAAUGGCCCCGCCACAACAACACCGAGUACAAGUUUGCAUUCACAGCACCAAGCCAAAAGGAACAACAUGAAAUCAAUGUGAAGAUCGACGGCAGAGACUUGUUUGUAUUUCGAUCAGAGCCUGGUUACAAGAAUUUUUGCAUGAGUGCCAGUACUGAUGAAUGCAAUCCUUCUACCAAAUGUGGAUGUGAUCACAACUGGCAUGCGUACUCAGGAACGACUCACUUCAAGUCCAAAGCCACAAUUGUUUCUAUCAAUUCAGAUUCUGAGGGAGCUCCAAUGACGGCAUCUGAGGGAGCUCCGCCAAGUCCAAGUUUGGUAGCUGAAGGAGACUCAUCGGCAAACGAGGGAGCCUCCACUGAAGGAAACUCAUUGGCAAUCAAGGGAGCCUCAACAAAGCAGCCAGACAUACAGCCUCGACAAGUCACCUUUGAGGACCCCAACAUCGCAGAAGGAGCGAAAACCUUUGAUCCUGAUAUUGCCAUGACUGUUCAUCCUCCAUGA